AAGUGGGGCCCAGGACACGCCGCUGGGGAUGGGGAUCGGUUAUAAGCGAUACUCAGGGAGAGGCGGCGCCCCCCCGAAGGCCUCGGGCCCGAGCUUCGCAGACUCCUACCGCGUGGCCGAGGCGCUGCUGCGGCGCCCUCCCGACGCGGGCGGGGCGGGCUCCGCCGAGGGCCCGCCCACGCCCGCCCUGCUGCGCUUCGAGGAGGAGCGCGAGGCGCCCGGGCGCAGCCUCGGCGCGCUGCUGGACGCCGAGGUGGCGCGGGCGCAGGAGCGCGGGGCCUGCGGCUUGCUCUUCCUCGUGGACGACGCGCUCUGGCACGGGGCGUUCGACGCGGGCGCGGCGCUGCGGCUGCUCGGAUCGGAGGAUGGCGUCUACACGGUGCACGCGAAGCUGAACCCGAGGGUGGAGUACGCGCACCCCAACAACAAGUUCAUGCGGGUGCCGCGGCUCAGCGCCUACGGCCCCGCCGCGGCCAGCUCGGAGGACGGCGGCGCAGUGAUGGGCGAGUGGCUGGAGAGCGGGCUCCUGAUUUACGAGCGCGACCAGGGCGAGUACGACUGGAACUAUCCCUGGGAGCUCAGCGCCUCCAUCUACCGGGUCGCCGACGUGAGGGAGAUGCUGGCCGCGGUGCGCGAGCACUUCGGCGAGGCUGGCGUGGGCCACCCGAACCGGCUCGAGGGCUACGGCGUGCGCCUCUUCAAGCAGCAGAAGGUCUCGGGCGCGACCCGCGGCAGCCGCUGCGCGUGUGCAGGGCGCCCGGUCGUAGCCGUGGUCACCGUGAAUCGGGUGCAGAGCCUGUUCGACAACCCGGUCUACCGGCGGAGCGAGGGAGCCAGCGGCGGCCCGGAGGCGUCGCCCGAGGCCCUGGACGCCGCCCUGCGGGCGGAGCUGCGCGGCGCGCUGGGGGCGCCGCCGGCGGAGGCGGCCGCGGGGCUGGGGCGCAGCACGGGCCUGGACGCGGGCUGGCUGCGGUCGUACCUGGAGCAGCGCCCGGGCGCUCAGGAUGCCGGAGGCCUGCAGCUCCCAGCGCUGGGCCCGCAGGACGCCCCGCGGCCGGGGAGCAUCCUCUCCUGGCCGCCGCGCCCGCUGCUCGCCCGCAUGGCCCUCGGCGACGCGUACCUCGACAGCGUGCACGUGCCCCUCGUCGCGGCCCCGAGGCCACGCGAGCUGGGCGGUCCUGAGCCGGAGGUGUCGUGGCUGAUGCCGGUCCUCGACGCCCGUGCCAGCUGGCUCGAGGACGCCUUUGGCAGCAUCGCGGCCCAGGCCGGCAUGGGCCCCGGCAGUUGGGAGCUCGUAGUAGUGGACGACUGCUCCGGCAGCGCGGAGACGCUGGAGGCCCUCGGCCGGUGGGCGAGUUUGCCGCAGGUGCAGGUGGUGCGCCUGGGUGCCCGCGCCGGCGUCGCGGGGGCGCUGAACGCGGGCUGGGCCCGCUGCCGCGGCAGGUUUGUGGCGCGGCUGGACGCGGACGACAUCGCCCACGAGCACAGGCUCUGCAGGCAGCUGGCCUACCUUGAGGCGAACCCCGCCGUCUCGAUCCUCGGGGGCGGCUUCUGCACGUUCCAGGACCCACAGGAGCUCCGCGCGCCCGGCGGGGACCGCCACCUGCGGCGCUACCGCAUGCCGUGCCACCCGCUGCUGGCGCGCUGGCACAUGGUUUUCUCCUGCAGCCUGGCGCACCCCACGGUGACCUUCCGCAGGGGCCCCGACCUGCCCCGCGAGCGCGGGCCGUACCCCGAGGGAGAGGAGGCCGAGGACCACUGCCUGUGGCUGGGCCUGCCCCUGCACGUGCAGGUGGCCAACGUGGGCGACGUGGUCUGCUUCCUGCGCCGCCACCCGGGCUCGCGGACGGCGUGCGCGGCGCGAGCCAUCCGGCGGUCUUCCUUCGGGGCGGUGCGGCGCUUCCUGGAGAUCCACUGCGAUGCGGCUGCGGCGGUCGGAGCGCCCAGCCUCACGGACGAGGAGCUGGGGGUGCUUUGGGGCGCGGCGGGCGCCUCCCCGGAGGCGGCCGCCUCGGCCGAGCAGGCCCAGCGCCUGUCGGGCGCGCUCGACGCCCUGGAGGCCCUCUUCGUGCGGCUCGCGGCGGGCACCGCCGAUGCCGCCAGGGGCGACGGCGCACCCGCGCCGGCGGACAGCCGGGCGGCUGCCUUGCAGGAGUACGUCAGGGCCUCCUGCGCCAAGCUCCGGGGCUUCCUGGCCGUGCGGUCGCUCGCCGCGGGCGACCUGUCGGGCGGCACCGAGAUGGUGAAGUUGCUGCUCAGGAACGGCGGGGACGCGGGCCUCAAGAGCCUCGGCGCGCUGAUCGGCGCCGGCUAUUCUGCGGAGGGGCCUCCGUGAGAAACGGCGCCCAUGCGCGCGCGCGCCGCCGCCGCCCCCCCGGCUCUCUGC